AUGCAAGUAGCUAUGAAAUCACCAAUUUUAAGCGAGUUUUCAACAAUGGAUAGUAGUCAGAAGAAAAUACAAUUAAAUUUAGUGUCUCCGAUCAUUAAAAGUCAUUCGAGAGGAGCUAGAUUCCUAGAUCUAGUAAAAAGUAAUAAAAUUAAUGUCUCGCCGCAAUUAACAAAACGUUUAUCAUUGUGUAAAAAUGUUGGAAAAGAUUUAAUGGAAAGAUCCGAAAAAAAAUCUUCAGAAUAUUUGAAAUUUUCGAAUGAAACUCCAAAUUUAAUGGCAAGUCCUUCUUCUGGAAUACUGAGUAAGAGGAAAAAUGCAGUUAUGGAAACACCAGACUCACCAUCUCAAAAUAAUUCAGCCAAAAGGAAACGAGUAAGUUUUAAUGAUCCUGUUUCAACGACAAAAGAAUAUCUAAUAACUGAAGAAGAAGAGCGACAAAAAUCAAACAGUUUAAUUCGAUGCUUAACAUAUGAAGAAAAUAUCGAACAAGAUGAAGGGGACUGUGAAAAUAAGGAAAAUCUGAUCGUAACUGUCGACGAUAAGAAGCAAGUAAUAAUACAGGAAGAAAUUAAAAUUAAAAUUGAACAACUCGAAGUUGAUACAAUCUCUAUGGAUCAUGAUUACGAUGAAGAUCCCCAAAACACUGACAUUACAACAUCAUCGGAGGAUAUUAACGAGGACAUUACCGAGCAACAAAUAUUUGAGGAUGAUAAAACACUUAGUUUUAAGGAUAAGGAUGAUUUAAUGGAUUAUGUUGCAAAAAAUUUUACAUUCAAUGAGAUUUUUGAGAAGCUUUUAGAGAAUCAUGAUGAAUCACAUAAACGUAAAGAGUUUAUUCAAUGUGUAUUGACAAAGGUUGAUGAAAAUGAAAUAUUGAACGAAUUUCUGCCGACACAAGAUCCAAAACACACCAAAAUGACAGCUGAACAACUCGAUAAAACCUCAAACGUUAUCAAUCAUCUGUCGAAAAUGAUGAAACUAAAUGAUAGAAUUAAACACAAAGUGCUUGAAACACUUUCUGAGAAACAUUCGAAAGAUUUUUUAUCACAUUCUAUCCAAGAAAAUUCAGUGUCAACAGUCUGCCAAAAACUUACUCUUCCAAGUAUUAUAAAUUAUUUAAUUCACAAAGUUAAUGUUUGUGACGAUGACGAUAUUGAUUUUGAGGUCAAUAGAAUGAAUCGAGCAAUAAUGCAUCACCUAAUUAAGAAAGCAGCUACACAUGAGAUUAUAAAUGAUCAAAAGGAAAUGCAAGAACUGUUAAAGCUUUUAUUUACAAAUAUGCAGAAAAUUGAAGUUCUUGACACCGUCCAUGAGUUUCUUCGUUCGAAUAUUAUUCAAGGUCCAUUCUGA